AUGACAUUCAAACGAAAAGCUCAAACUAUAUUUAUAAAUGAUUCACAUCCACGGCAUGUUGCUAUUGGAGACUUAAACAAUGACAAUUACUUGGAUCUUGUAGUUGUCAAUUCUGGUAUUGACAAUAUUGGUAUUCGUCGAGGUUAUGGUAAUGGAACAUUUUCAUCUCAAAUUACUUAUUCAACUGGAUUUGGAUCUAUUCCAUAUUGGGUUGCUAUUGGAGAUUUCAACAAUGAUACGUUACUUGACAUUGCUGUUGCUAAUUAUGGUACUCAUAAUAUAGGUAUAUUUCUUGGCAAUAGUAAUGGAAGUUUUUCAAAUCAAAUAACAUUUCCAUUGGAUUCUUCUCGUCCAGUAUCAUUAGCAAUUGGAGAUUUCAAUCAAGACAAUCGAUUAGAUAUUGCUGUAGUUAACAAUGGGACUUUUAAUAUAGCUAUAUUACUAGGUUAUGGUAAUGGAUCUUUUAAAAUGCAUACAACUUAUCAUAUGGGUUAUGAUUCAAUGCCAUAUUCGAUUGUUGUUGCUGAUUUUAACAAUGAUAAUAAAGUUGAUCUUGUUGUUGUUAAUUAUGGGACUAGUAAUUUAGCCAUACUUUUAGCUACUGGAAAUGGAAUAUUUUCAAUUAGUAAAUAUUCAACUGGAAAUGGAUCUUAUCCAUGUUCUGUUGCAGUUGAUUAUUUUAAUGAUGACAAUUUUAUUGAUAUUGCCAUCGUUAAUUCUGCUACUAACACGAUUGGUAUUUUUCUAGGACAUGGAAACGGAACAGUUACAUCUACAACAACAUAUUCAACUGGUUCUCAUCCACAGUUUAUUGCUACUGGUCGUUUCAGUAAUGAUAAAACAGUUGAUAUAAUCGUUGCAAAUUCAGGAGAAGACAAUGUAGCUGUGCUCGAAGGAUAUGGAAAUGGAACAUUUUCCAUGAAGGCAACACAUUCAACAGGAUAUAAUUCUAAUCCAUGUUCAAUAGCCGUUGGUCAUUUUGACAAUGACAAUAAAUCAGAUGUCGUCGUCGUCAAUAACAAUAUUAAUUCUAUUCUUGUACUUACAUCAUAUAUUAUUUCUCUCAUUGCAAAUCAAACAAAGUAUUCAACGGACGAAAAUUCUUUUCCAAUUCAUAUCGCUGUUCAUGAUUUCAAUAAUGAUACACAACUAGAUAUUGCCGUCGUUGACAUGUCCUAUAACAGUAUUGAUCUAUUGAUGGGAGAUGGAAACGGCGCUUUUGACGACGAAUUCUAUUCUUCUAUCAUAGAAGAAGAAGUUCAGCCAUUUUUGAUUGCUAUUGGUGAUUUCAACAAUGACGAAAAAGCUGAUAUUGCUGCAGUAAUUUAUUAUAACAAUGAAGUACGUAUCUAUUUGGGACAUGGAAAUGGAUAUUUUGAACCGGGAUACGUAUGCAAAGUUGGAAACGAUUCGAUUCCAUCUUCAAUUAGUAUUGGUGAUUUCAAUAACGACACAAAUCUUGAUAUAGUAGUAGCCAACGAUAUCGGUGAAAAUGUAGCUCUUUUUCUUGGAUAUGGUAAUGGAACCUUCGCGCAAGCAUUAAAUUAUCCCACUGGAUAUUAUUCUCCAAGAUUUAUCUCGGUUGGUGAUUUCAAUAAUGACAAGUUGUUGGAUUUUGUUACCGUUGAUUACGGGAGCUACACUCUAAGCGUAUACUUAGGUAAUGGAAAUGGAACUUUUCAAAAUCGGAUAUGGCUUUCGACUGGUGAUUAUUAUCCAAACUCUCUUGUUGUUGGAGAUUUAAAUAAUGAUACCCAAGACGAUAUCGUCGUCACAUUUUCAUACUCUUCCACAAUUGGUAUUUUUCUAGCAUAUGCUAAUGGAACUUUUAAUAAUAUGCAAAACUAUUCGACUGACAUUGGAACUAGUCCAUGGUCUGCUGUUUUAAGUGAUUUUAACAAAGAUGAUAUAGUAGAUAUUGCCGUUUUGAAUCCAGAUAUUCCAAGUAUUAAUGUAUUUCUUGGGGAUAGUCAUGGGAAUUUUCCAAGAAAAUUUACAUUAUUUAUUGAGGAUGCUUCUGAUUCUUAUUCCAUAGCCACUGGUGAUUUUAACAAUGAUAAAGAAAUUGACAUUGCUGUUGGCAAUAUCGGCACCAAUGAUAUAAGUGUUCUUCUCUUACGAUAUCAACCGGAUUUCGUAAAUAGUAUAGUUUAUAGUCAAGGAUCCAGUUCACAUCCAUCAGCAGUCACUACUGCUGAUUUCAACAAUGAUAAUCUACUGGAUAUCGUUGUUACUAAUGCUGGAAGUGAUAAUAUACAAAUUUUGCUUGGUUAUAGAGAAGAAACUUUUAUGAACAACAUUACUUACUCAACAGGUACUAAUUCACAUCCACAACAUGUAGUUGUGACUGAUUUAAAUAAGGAUAGUUUACUUGACAUCGUUGUCGUUAGUUCUUGGAAUAGUGCUCUAAGAGUAUUUCUUAGUUCUGGUAAUGGAACAUUUUCUUCAUCAACUGAAUAUAUCACUGGAUAUCCAUCUUUACCUAAUUCAAUUGCUGUUGGUGAUUUAAAUCAGGAUGGUUGGAAUGAUGUUGUUGUUGCUAAUACUGCUACAGAUAACAUAGGUGUAUUUCUUGGAUUUGAUUAUCCAACAUUCACAAGUGAUAAUAUUGUUUUAAAACAGCGUGAUUCCGUUCCAUAUUAUGUUGCUAUAGGUGAUUUCAAUAAGGAUUCCCAAUGGGAUAUUGCUAUUGCUUGUCGCAAAAAAAACAAUAUAGCUGUGAUUUUGGGAAAUGAAAAUGGUACAUUUGCAAGUGAACAGUUAAACGACUUACCACCAUCAGCUGGUCCAGUUUCACUAGCUGUUGGUGAUUUUAACAAUGACAAUAUAUCAGAUAUUGUUGUUGCUAAUUCGAAAGAUGCAAGUAUAAGUAUAUUUCUUGGAAAUGGUAACGGGACGUUUGCCACAUAUAUAGAUCAAUCAACAGUCGAGUCAUCGCCAGUUUCCAUUGGAGUCGGAGAUUUUAAUAACGAUAGUAGACAAGAUAUUGUUGUAGCUUUUGAUUGGUCUGACAUUAUUGGUAUAUUUAUUGGAAUUGGGAAUGGAUCGUUUGAAGAACAAAUGUCGUAUACAAUGCCUAAGGAUUCAUUUCCAGUAUGGGUUGUUGUUGGUGAUGUCAACAGUGAUAAUAUGCAAGAUAUAGCUGUUGCAAACUUUAACGACGAUAGCAUAGGCAUACUUUUAGGAAAUGGUAACGGUACUUUUAAAAAUGUAGCAUUAUAUUCAACUGGAAAGAAUUCGGGUCCAUGUUCAAUUGCCAUUGGAGAUAUUAACAAAGACAAUUCGGUGGAUAUUGUUGUAGCCAAUAGGCAUAUCCAAAAUGUUGGUAUCUUUUUUGGCUAUAGUAAUGGAACAUUCUUCUUAGAGAAAACAUAUAUGACUGGCCCUGGAUCCAUGUUGAUGUCGGUUGCAGUAGAAGAUUUGAACAAUGAUGCAGUCCUUGAUAUUGUUUUCUCGGAUUUUGGAAGUGGAAAAGGUAAUAUUGGUGUAUUAUAUGGAUUAGGUAAUGGGAAAUUUUUAGUACCAAAGAUCUAUUCAACUGGUGUUAACUCAGAUCCGUCAUCGAUUACAAUUUGUGACCUUGAUAAUGAUGGUCGGCUAGAUUUUAUUGUCAGUAACUCUAAGAAGAACAAUAUUGGUAUUAUGCUUCGAAACGGAAGUGAACCUUUAGGAAAACAAACGACGUUUUCCACGGGUAACAAUUCUAGUCCUUAUUCAGUCAUUGUUAGUGAUUUUAACAAUGAUGAUAAACUAGAUAUUGCUGUUGCGAAUUCAAGGGGGAAUAAUAUUAGUAUUCUUCUUGGAUAUGGAAAUGGAAAUUUUUCAAAACUAGUAAAUUAUUCUACUGGUCUUUAUUCAGCUCCUAAAUUCAUUGCUGUUGGAGAUUUCAAUGAUGAUAAACAAGUUGACAUUGUUGUAGCUAAUUCUAACACAAGCAAUAUUUUAAUUUUUCUUGGANAAAUUAAAAAAAAUAAUGCAAAAAAAAUACGAAAAAAAAAUAAUGAGUGA